UCGAACAUGUCUCAUUUGUAGCAAUAGCUGUGUGCCAAAGCACUGGCUUUUUCGGUUUUCCUGUCGUCCAACGCAAAACAGAAUCCAACGGCAGCAGCAGCAGCAGCAGCAGAAAUUUUCCCCGUCAUAAACUCCUAAUGAGCAAGAACUAGGAAUUGAAUUGAGUUGCUAUAUUGUAUUUGAUCAAAUUUAAUCAAAUGAGAAAGUAAAGAUGGGUUCGGAUUCGAGCUCCACACCAACGGCAUCGCCGAAUGGGAAGCGAAGUAGAGAUCCAGAAGACGAGGUUUAUCUCGACAAUCUCCAUUCUCACAAGCGUUACCUAAGCGAGAUAAUGGCAUCUAGCUUAAACGGGUUAACUGUUGGAGAACCGCUUUCUGAAAAUCUUAUGGAAUCUCCAGCAAGGUCUGAAGGCAUGUUCUAUGCAAGGGAUGAAAUGUCCUUGCAAUAUUCACCAAUGUCAGAAGACUCAGAUGACUCUAGAUUUUGUGAGACCCCUAUAAAUACUUGCUCAUCCCAACCUGAGAGUUUGCCCACUAGUCCAGUUUCUCCCUAUAGGUACCAAAGACCAUUUGGUGGGUUCUCUUCUGCUUCUUCUACGAGCUCAUAUCCGCUACAUGGCUGCAUUGCCACUAGUGUCACCUGCUUACAACCUCGCCAAAGAGGUUCAGAUUCUGAAGGUCGGUUUCCAUCAUCACCUAGUGAUAUUUGCCACUCAGCUGACUUGAGGAGGGCUGCACUCUUGCGAUCUGUGCAGAUGAGGACACAACCUCCUGGUUCAUCAUCUUUUGAAUUGCCUUUUGGUUCAGGCCAGGAGCCUGUAUCUAAUAUAGAAGCAGAUGAGCGGCCAUGCUCAUAUAUGAAGUCUUUAGUUGAGGAAAGAGAUUAUCGUAUUGAGGAGUGUUCUUCAAUGGGUGCCUCAGGACUUGAAUUUAAUGAUGGAAAGUCAUGCAGAGCGUUGAAUAUGAAUAUUAAAGGGGAUGAAUCAGUGGGUUAAAUACAUCUGGAACUGGAUCAUCAAACCAAUUCUAACCACAUCUAGUAAGAUUGUUAUAGCCUGCAGGAGUUCGAGCAAUUUACCUGACCUAACAGCUCUUGUUUGUCCAUUUAAUUCCCUCGUGUUUGCGAGUUUUGUAUCAGUUCUUUUUACUACAUAGAGAGCAUCCAUGCGCCGCAUCCCACAUGCCAAUACAGUUAAUAUUGGCUGUCUCGUGCACCUGAGAGGAGGCUUUGAGGACGCGACUAUGCACUGUCACCUGCUUAAUUAAUCCAUCUCUUAAUAUUCAGCCAGUGAUGUUACCUUCUGCCUUUCUUGUUCUUCUGUUUGAUCCUCUCUUGGUUCUUCAAUAGAAUGAAAAACUUUGCUAUAAAAAAAUCGCAGAUUUCUGGGUCC